AAUGGGAGAAGGAGAAUGAAAAAGGAGAAGAAUGGAGAGGGAGGGGGAUUGGCCUGGCACAAAGCUCAGCUCAGUUUAAGCCUGCACUCUCCCACCCCAGAACACAGCAUGCUGGAAAUCAUUUAUGCAUCUGCCACGAAAUACCUGGAAGAAGGAGAGAAGCUGAAUCGAAACUGCCUUAUCAGGCACCAGCAGAAUCAGUCAUCACAAACCGAGGCUCACUGGCAGGAAAGAGCCAAUAAAGGACAGGAGAUGGAAAGGAGAUGGAAAGCUUGCACCUCUCACAAAAUGCAGACUCCACAGCAAAAUUCACAUCUACACUGGAAACUCCUGAAAAUAUAGGAAGCCAAGCAGUCAGUCAGUGCCUGCUAUCAGUGCAAAGCCAAAAUAAAGAAUAUUUUCCCAACUCCUGUGGGCCACUUCAGUAUGCUGUACUUUCUGGGACCUGCCUCCCAUGCAGGGAGGUUUUUCCUUUCUUCUACUGCUCUCUGCUAAAGAAGGAUUUCCUGUGUUCUGUCCUCUGGAAUAUCUUCUGACUCAUUCCUAGUCCAUCCUCUGUGCUCUUCAGCUUGCGCUGGGAAAGAUGAGAACACUCUCAGCGGGAUGAACUCAAGUGCUGCACCUCAACUUUUCACACAGCGCCUUUGGACACUGAAUCAGGAGACACUGAUGUGCAUGUUCCCCCAGCCUGGAGAAGCUCUGCCACCUCAUCCUCAGGAGCUUCCCCUCUGGGCUGUACUUUAAACCACUCUGAUAAAAUGAGAAAAUUAAGAUUAUUUAUCAGCAAUUCCCACAGUCCCAUGGCAGCAUUAAAAUUUGUGGGAGAUGCCCUGAAUUUAUGCUGUGGUUUUCACCUGCAGACCACUGGUCUACAAAAUAUGGGGGGAAGUUUUCUCAGCAGAAACCUGAAUAAGGACAUGUUGUAGGACUCCUCCUCUCCUGCACCAUCCUGCCUCCAACAGAGCUUAAAAUCUGCCAGAGGUGCUGGUAACCAGAAAAGAAAUGAGUGCUGAUUCCUUCUGCUAAAGAUGGCUCAGAAACAGGCAGUUCUGGCUGUGCUCCUUUUCUUGCCAAUCAACCUGGUUGAAACUCACAACAGGGUGAGUGUAGAGGCUGGCCAUGAAGCUGUGCUGAGUUGCCCCAAGAUCUCCAAGGUGGAUUUGUUGCUGGUGACAUGGAAGAUGAAUUGCAGCACUUGCUGUGUGCUGUCCUACAGAAGGGAUAAAAAUGAGAUAAACAGGAACAACUGCAGUGAGAGGAUCACAUGGAAAUAUUCACCUGACAGUGACCCUGCACUUCGUAUUUACCCCGUGAACCUCCAGGAUGAGGGAAAUUACACCUGUCAAAUUGCCAGCGUGGAAGGGAAUUUUGAUUGUUUCUUUUCUCUGACUGUGAUAGUCCCUCCUACGGUGACUCUGACCCACGACACGAGCAGGGUGGCUGUCUGUCAGGCAACUGCAGGAAAGCCACCUGCUGACAUCUCCUGGAUCCCUGCAAGCAAUCACAGCUCUGAGGAAGAAUUCCAUCACCCCAAUGGAACAGUGACCAGAGUGAGCUACUUUGGCUGGACCAACAGCUCAUUGCCCUCUGUCACCUGCCUGGUGACUCACCCAGCCAUGAACCAGACUCUGGACUUGGACCUGAGAUACACUUCCCAAAUGCUUCUCUACAUCCUGAUAGGAGCAGCUGCAGGUGUCAUUGCUGUCACUGGGGUGACUUUAUGCUUGAUUUUCAGGUGCAGAGCUUGCUGGUUAGAUAAACGGGCACGGCGGAGUGUGACGCAGACUAAUACCUGCAAGUUCCCAUCUUCAUGUGUGAGAAGACUCCAGCCUCCUGAAUUUCCAGAGAGAAUCUAUGAGAAUGACAGCCCAAGAUCUGUUUAUAUUUGCUUACAACAGUGUAAGCAGAAGUAG